AUGCAGCAGUGUGAUGAAGAUUUGCAACGGGCCACGGGAGUAGAGCAGGUGUGGGUUAGCAAUGGCCCGGAGGUGCCGCGAUGCUGUCCUCAGGUGGAGAAGUUGGAUUUCGGCCUGAAGCAUUGGCUAUUCGGUGGCCCUUCUCCAUCAAUAGGACUGUCCCCCUCUUCCACUGUGGAGCUGGUGCCCAUCUUCCCACAUGUCUGCCCACCUGCUCUCCCCCCUCCUGUUGGGAAAGGUUGGAUAGACAAACGGAUACCCAAUUGUAAGAUCUUUUUAAAUAAUUCCUUUGCUCUGGACUCAACAUGGAUAUAUCCCGAGGAAUCAAGAUUGUUCCAUGGGUAUGAAAAGCCUCAUUUGUUGGCAAAUCAAGUAGCUGUGUCUCUGUCCAGGCCAGCGCCUGCCUCCAGGCCCCUUCCCACAGUGGUGUUAGCACCGCAGCCUAUACCAGGUGGUUGCCACAACAGCCUUAAGCCCGUGGGCAGCAGCCCCGCCAUCGCCAUCGCCGCCGCUGCCGCAGCCAUGGUCUCCGUGGACGCUGAGGGACUUGGGGGCCCGUCCCCCUCCAGCGCGCAGCCCUGCCACUUCCUGACGCUGGCACCCAUCAAGAUACCCCUGCGGACUGUCUCCUUCCCUGAGAAAAGCAGGGACCGGGUCCGCACGCCCCGCCCUCCUGCCCUGAUGCUGCGCGCGGAGAGGAAGAGCCCGGCCAGGGACGAAGGACACAAGGAGCCUCCACCGAUCCUCAUGACAGGAGAGGACAACGCGGCCAAAGGCAGCAGACCCGUGGCCUCCACUCCGGUGCCCGGCUCCCCCUGGGACCUGAAUUACGGGGUCAUAGCCGAGCACAGCGACGGGUCGGGCUCUGAAGACGGCCUGGAAGACCCGAACGUGAAAACCAAGAGGAACCGGACCGAAGGCCAGGUGAGCCCUGGCCCAGAGGAGGCGGAGAGAGAGGACAAGGGCACCAGGACGCCGCCGCCCCAGAUCCUCCUGCCGCUGGAGGAGCGGGUGACCCACUUCCGAGACAUGCUCCUGGAGAGAGGGGUGUCAGCGUUUUCUACGUGGGAGAAAGAAUUGCAUAAGGUCGUGUUUGAUCCCCGCUACCUCCUG